ACUAUCAUAUGCAUUGAACCUGAACUGAAACUGUGUACAGUAUGAGGGAAAAGACCGUUAAAGCUGCCAUGGACAGAUCAUAAGAAUCACACACCAUGGGGAAUCCUGCGAAAGCCGAGAACGGAAUUCUAUUGGUCCGCUAUUGCUCGACAGAUUAUCUCCCUAUAUUCUCUCGUUAUAAGAAAAUGUAGUGGGAAGGUGGAGAGAAAUCUUACGCGUGGGAUGCGGUGAUGUAUACGGUCUGAUCACGACCAGGUUCCUUUCAAAACAGGUUCAUGGAAAACGUUUAUGAACAGCUCCAACUCAACACUCAAGUUCAACUUUUGGCAUGGAAACGCAGCCAAGUCAAACAGUGCAAAGCGCAUCAUACGAAGAUGAAGUUCACUGAUGGGGUUUCUGAGAAAACGAUCCAAUGCUAAGGCGAUUUCAAGCCGACGACGUGUGAUGGAUGUGGUAAACAACUGUUGCGAGUGUGUGGAUUUAAUUUCCUAACAAGGACUACAGGAAUGUUUGUCUAGUUUGCCUAACCCAGAGGCAUAUGUUGCAGUGCGCAAGAGAAGAACGGGCUUCGCAGAAAAUCUCGUUGGCUCAUAUGGGACUGAGGCACUCGCGUUGCCUGCUCCUGCGGAGAAAAAUGGCGGAACCGGAUAAUUCGGAGCGGCCCGUACCUACCCCCCCGUCUCAGUCUAUCCAGCCGGCUUCUUUGCCCAAACCUGUGCCUACUUUACACCACAUGCCCCACCCUCCACACACGCCCCAUGUAGCAGCCCUACCCACCUGCCCCGGGCGCGGCAAGAUGGCAAAGCUGCUCAACCCAGAGGAAAUGACAUCACGGGACUACUACUUUGACUCCUAUGCCCACUUUGGCAUCCAUGAGGAAAUGCUGAAGGAUGAGGUGCGGACCCUGACCUAUCGGAAUGCCAUGUACCACAACAAGCACAUGUUCAAGGACAAGAUUGUGCUGGACGUGGGCAGCGGGACUGGCAUCUUGUCCAUGUUUGCUGCCAAUGCGGGUGCCAAACACGUGUACGGGAUUGAAUGUUCAAGCAUAUCUGAAUAUUCAGAGAAGAUCAUCAAAUCAAAUCACCUACAUAAUGUCAUCACCAUCUUCAAGGGCAAGGUGGAGGAGGUAGAGCUGCCAGUGGAGAAGGUAGACAUCAUCAUCUCAGAGUGGAUGGGCUACUGUCUCUUCUACGAGUCUAUGCUCAAUACGGUCAUCUUCGCCAGAGACAAGUGGCUGAAACCGGGAGGGCUGAUGUUUCCUGAUAAAGCUGCCCUGUAUGUGGUGGCCAUCGAAGACAGACUGUACAAAGACUUCAAGAUACACUGGUGGGAAAACGUUUAUGGUUUUGACAUGACCUGCAUCCGUAACGUGGCCAUGAAGGAACCCCUGGUGGACGUGGUGGACCCCAAACAGGUGGUGACCAAUGCCUGCCUAGUAAAGGAAGUGGAUAUCUACACGGUGAAGCCAGAGGACCUGUCCUUCACCACAGCAUUUUGCCUGCAGAUCCAGAGGAAUGACUAUGUUCACGCCCUGGUCACCUACUUCAACAUAGAGUUCACUAAGUGUCACAAGAAGACCGGCUUCUCCACUGCUCCUGACGCUGCCAGUACCCACUGGAAGCAGACAGUAUUUUACUUGGAGGACUAUUUGACUGUGAAGAAAGGGGAGGAGAUCAUGGGCAGCAUCGCUGUUCGGCCCAAUGAAAACAACGUGAGGGACCUGGAGUUUACCUUUGAGUUGGACUUUAAAGGACAGCUAUGUGAUGCAGCUAUUUCCCACGACUACAAAAUGCGCUAGCUGACCAGCAAGGAUCAAUGACCCUCCUCAAUCCACUACUGGACACACCUUCAGAGGGGGAGGGAAAAGGCUCUCCAAAAGGACUUCCAAUGGACCCAGUAGGGACAUGAGACACAUCUGCUAGAUGUCAGUGUUCUAGGACCUAAGUGAUGUCAUCUGAACAAGCCAUUCUGAAGCAAUAGCGUCAUCACCCACCACUGUCCCCAAGACAUUCGUAAGACUGCCCCCCCCAGUCAUUCGUAAGACUGCCCCCCCCCAGUCAUUCAUAAGACUGCCCCCCCCAGUCAUUCGUAAGACUGCCCCCCAGUCAUUUGUAAGACUGCCCCCCAGUCAUUCGUAAGACUGCCCUCAGCAUGACGUUGAAUGUAACAUCCCAGAACCACAUUUUUCCUUUUUCUUCAGGUCCAGUCAUGUUUGUGUUAUUAGUACUAGGUCUAAAUCAAUGAGAAGAGGUGGGUAGAUGCUGGUCUAGAAGCAUUUUAAGCCCAUACAUUGAGCAUCUCUUUUGUCAAAAAGCGGACGGACACUACUUCCACUGUAUGAAUCAGUGAUGUCUUUCUGUGUGAGUUAGUAAGAGGAAAGUAAAUAAGUGUUUGUUCAAGUUGUUACAUUAGAUAUAUUUUGUUGGUAAUUAAUAUUGUUAUUCGCAUGUUCAGCUUUUAUUUUUUUGGUUGAUUACUUUAUUUGAUUAAAGAUAUUCAAAAAAUGCUAAAGUACGGUGCCAGGAUAAGGGAACCUGUGAGAAAUGUACAAUGUGUCACAAAUUGUCAGUAAUUUUGUCAUUUUGAUUUUGGGGAGUGGUGUGCGAGUGCCGAUGAACAAAUAAAUGAAUAAAAAAAGAUAAUUGAAUUU